AUGUCUGAGCGGAACAAAGACGAUGAUUUCUCCGAAUUGACCGAAUCGACUUCGGUAGGCGAACACUCCUUUUUGUGGGCAUACUGUUUGUAGACACGAUUCAUUUCACAAGAUUGAAUUCGAAUUUUAUGUGGAUUAUCUUGUGUUAUUUGUUUAUUGUCCAUUUCAGGGAGCGUACAACCCACCACGAGCUCCAGAUUUCUCAAAUGAAGAAUGGAGAAUGUCCCGAGACCAAUGGCAGGACUUAAUUAUGAGGUCUAUCACAGAAAACCGGGAGGUUAUCGACGAAGAAUUCAAUGGGUUUAAUCUUUUCUUGUCCCCAAAAGCUGUGGAAUUUAUUUUCACGUUGUGUGUGAGGUUGCAGUUGCCACAUGAGGUUCGAUAUUUGGCAGUUCAUCUGUAUGACCGGUCAGUGAUCUUGAUUAAAACAUUUCAAUCAGAAUUAUUUGGUGUCGUUAAUUGGGAUGAAGAUUUUAGGUACAUGUCGUCGCAAGUAGUCGCUAUUCACAACGAGAUCUUCACGUCGGACGAUGAUGACCAGUUGAAAGCUGAGAGAUGGGGAAAUGCUUUGAAUCGGUAUUACUCACAGACAGUUUUGAGGAUAGUAUCAUGUGUCUCGAUCGCCGUCAAGUCUUUAUAUUACAAACUGGUAAGUUGAUUGAUAUUAAUAGCGUCAAAUUUCAUUGCAAAUCGCUUGUGGCUAUAACAUGCGUGAAUCUUUUCUUUCAGACGUUGACCACAAAGAUGCAAUACCGAAUCUUGCGGAGUAUGAACUUUUUAUACGAUGAACGGGCCAUUUUGAAGUCGGAGACAAGAGUUUUCUCUUUGGUCAUGUUCGACAUUGAUAUGAAUCGAUCUCCCAUCUUCAUGAUUGAAUCUCAUAUAUGUUUCUUACGUAAGUUUAUGCAAAUAUAUUAGUUUUCUUUUUUUAGUAGACCAAUUCCGUGAAGUGGUGUCGUCAGUAGACCCUGAGGCAAUUUGGGAGUAUUCAAUAUUGUACACGGACUUUAUCUAUCUCAAUAUGAAGUCUUUUUAUUGCCGGUUGUUUCGGAAAAUCCACGGAGAAUCCGCGAUCAUCAACACAAUAGAACCGUAAGCAAAUUUUCUUUUUGCGUUUUAUUCUUUUAGUGCUCGGAUUUGGCAUCUGGAAGCGGAUUUUGUAAUCCUUUCGAUCAGUGUUGUCCUUAUGUCAUUUUUUGCCUUAUACGGAGACGAAAUGACCCAGAAGGUGGCGGUCUUGUUCAAAACACACAUUGGAAUUGAUCUUCAGGAGAUGAGCGAGUUUGUUACCGUCGCCAGGGACAUGAUUAUGGAAUACGAACCCGAGACUCCGACUAUUUUCCUGCCAGAAGAGUUGCUGGGAUUGAAGAAAGUGACAGCUUCGUAUUCACCUGGCUUUUUUUAA